AUGUCGCUUCCAGCCACCAUGCGGGCGGUGGUCCUCAAGGGCGACUAUCAGGUUGCCGUGGAGGACCGACCAGUUCCCAAGAUCCAGAAGCCCACGGAUGCGAUCCUGAAGGUGUCUUCGACAGCACUUUGCGGAUCUGAUCUGCACUUCUAUCGAGGUCAUCUCAAGUGCCCGCCCAACUUUAUCUGCGGCCAUGAGUUCGUGGGCACGAUCGUUGAAAAGGGCGACGCGGUCAAAAACUUCAACAUUGGCGACAAAGUCGUCGUCCCCUUCUACACGGCCUGCCAGGAAUGCUACUACUGUGUCCGCGGGCAGGCCAGUAGAUGCCUCCACGGCGAGCUGUUUGGCAACUCGGUGCCUGCCAACACGGUCGACGGCGGACAGGCCGAGUACGUGCGGGUGCCGUUGGCGGGCACGACGUGCGUCAAAGCACCAUCAGGAAUUCCGGAGGAAAUGCUUGUGUUGAUGGCCGACAUUUUCCCGACGGGCUAUUUCGCCGCGGCACGGUUCUUGAAAGACCUGCCUCAGCGAGACCGGGACGAGUUCACCACAGUUGUCAUCGGCUGCGGGCCGGUGGGCAUCUGCGCCAUCACCUCAGCCCUGACCAUGGUCAAGACGGUGUAUGCGAUCGACUCAGUCCCCGAGCGUCUGGCCGAGGCCGAGAAGAUUGGCGCCAUCCCCAUCAAUCUGAACGACAACCCUGUCGAGAAGAUCAAGGCGGCCAGCGGCGGGCGCGGCGCCGAUGUCGUGCUGGAAGUGGUGGGACACGCCGAUGCAUUCAUGCUGGCCUUCGACAUGAUCCGUCCUUGGGGUCAGAUCAGUUCGAUUGGCGUGCACACGGAGAUGAUCCCCUUGAACGGCCUUUUGUGCUAUGGCAAGAACGUCACCAUGGCUUUUGGUCGGUGUCCUGUCCGCAGCAUUUUCGAGGACGCCCUGAAGAUCUUGAUCAAGGAGCAAAAGAAAGUCGCUCAUCUGUGUGGCAAGACAAUGUCCUUGGAAGAUGCGCCCCAGGCCUACAAGGACUUUGAGGCCCGCAAGGUCAUGAAGAUUGUCUUCAAGAUGCCGGGAGAGGCGACGGGCCAAAACGUUGCAGAUAAAGUCUAG